AUGGAUAAAUCCCAGGAAUGGUAGUCGAGCGCAGAUCAGAACAGAGGUUAGCAGAUGGAAUAUGGCUCUCUCCAGAGGUUUGAGAUGCUGUCAAAGGGUUUUCUCCUGGAUACCUGUUCUUAUUAUAACGUCCGUAGUGUUGUGGUCAUACUACGCCUACGUCUUUGAGCUAUGUCUUUUUACACUCACCAACGCACUGGAAAAAGUGGCCUAUCUACUGGUAUUUCAUGUUUGCUUUGUGAUGUUCUCAUGGACCUACUGGAAGUCCAUAUUUACUCCUCCUGCUUCACCAUGCAAAAAGUUUCAGCUGUCAUACUCAGACAAGCAAAGAUACGAGAUGGAAGAGAGGCCAGAUGCUCAAAAACAAAUCCUGGUUGAAAUAGCGAAGAAACUGCCCAUCUUUAGUCGAGCUCAAUCUGGAGCUAUCAGGUUCUGCGACCGCUGCCAGGUACUGAAGCCUGACCGCUGUCACCACUGCUCGGUUUGUGAAACAUGUGUCUUGAAGAUGGACCAUCACUGUCCCUGGGUUAACAACUGUGUGGGCUUUUCCAACUACAAGUUUUUCCUGCUUUUCCUCUCCUACUCCAUGCUGUACUGUGUAUUCAUUGCAGCAACAGUCUUUCAGUAUUUCCUCAAAUUCUGGGAGGGGGACUUACCAAAUGGGCCCGCAAAGUUCCAUGUCCUCUUCCUCAUGUUUGUGGCGCUCAUGUUCUUCGUCAGUCUCAUGUUCCUCUUUGGCUACCACUGUUGGUUGGUGGCCAAGAACAGAUCCACUUUAGAGGCCUUUUCAGCUCCAGUUUUUGUCAGUGGACCAGACAGAAAUGGCUUUAAUGUCGGCUUAAUCAGAAACCUGCAGCAGGUAUUUGGAGAGGAUCGGAGGCUGUGGUUCGUCCCUGUUUUCACAAGCCAAGGGAACGGUCACUAUUUCCCCUUAAAGAAUCGGAGUUCUGAAUCCCACAACCCCUUAUUAGCUAAUGAAGACAUGUGGGAGGAGUCAGAGGAUUGCUCUGAGGAGGGAAGCUUGGUUGAGGGCCAAGACCCGUCUGUUACCAUUGAGAUGGAAGAAUAGUAACCAAAUGUAAGGACAAUGUACCCUGGUGGAUGUGGAUUAGUAUUGCACACACUGUGUACCACAAGGCAAAUGCUUUCCAAAUCAUGUGGAUGUUCAGACACUCUGAAAGAAAAUUCUGAAUGGGGCCAAACGUGUGGAUUUAAACCUGCAAUAGAAUGACGUUGGAUUGUCAUUGCCACUUCUACUCGUGUGUUUUACCUAAUGAU